UUUUAGCGCUCACAAAGGACAUGUCCUCUCCAUUCGCCAUUGUUGGUCCAAUCCGAUCGAACUCGCACUCGCGAAACAAUUCCCAACGCCGAACGUGGAUGGCGUUGCAAUCCAGCAACGUAGCAACGCCCCAAUUCGCGUUUGAUGAAGGUGUGACAGAAAUUGCGCUGGAUUGGUGCCGAAGGCAGGGUCAAAGAAAGGGUUUCGUAUAAAUUUGCGAAGCCUGACUGGUGUUGGAUUUUUCGAACAGGGAAAGAGAGAGGGAGGGAGGGAGGGAGGGAGGGAGGAAGGGCGGAGUAGAUUAGUGUUGAUUUUCGAGAAUUGUGUUGUGGGAAGCGAAUGGUGGGUUGUUUGGGUGGAAGGGUUAUGUUGUAGUGUGGAGGAUUGAGCGGGGAAGAUGAUGGCGGGGAUGGAGGUUGAUGAUGGGCCGACGAAGGUGGGCAGUAAGAGAAAUCACUCGCGCUCGGGGAACAUUGCAGGCGCGGGAGGAGGAGGAGGAUUAGGAGGGCGAGGGCAUGUGCAGCAGGUGUGUCGGUAUUGGCAAGAAGGUAGAUGCAUCAAAGGAGAUGAAUGCCAAUGGCUGCAUCCCGGGAGCGCAGGCUCUACGGGACGUUGGACCUCUACAGGGAGUGGCAAAAGGCCGAACAUCGUUUACGAUGCUCGUGACAGAGAAGGGAGAGAGAACAGAGAAUAUAAUGUCGGAGGCUGGGGCUAUGGGGGAGGAGGGUUUAGCAGUGGGAGCAACCAGGGGCGCCCGAGGAACGUGUCUGCAAGAUGGGGGAGAGGUGGUCGCGGUGGCCGCGGGGGCAGAGGGAAUCUCGACCAGAGGGAUAGUAGGGCUUAUGAGAGUGGGAGGUCGCAUUCGCUCAAGCCGAAGCCUUGUUCGUAUUGGUUAAAGGGUAACUGCACUAGGGGGGAGACUUGCAAUUUCCUGCACGCGCACACGACAGCACCGGACAUGGAGAUGAAGACGCAGCUUGUUGGCCACGAAAAGGCGAUUAGAGCUAUUGUGCUGCCGGAAGGGCAUUCGCAACUUUACACAGGCAGUCAAGAUGAGUCCGUGCGUGUGUGGGAUUGUGCCACUGGCCAAUGCACCAAUGUUGCUCCAAUGGGAGGAGAUGUUGGUGCUUUGAUUUUCGCCGCUGGUUGGCUUUUCGUAGGAUUACCUAAUGAGGUUAAGGUAAUCAAUAUGGCGACUUUACAACAGGCAAGUCUAAGCGGUCCCAAAGGUCAAGUGCAUGCACUUGCUGUCACUGAGGACGGGCUCCUUUUCGCGGGCACCCAGGACGGCACUAUACUGAUCUGGAAGUUCAGUACCACUACAAACCAGUUUGAGCCAGCGGCAUCUAUGUCAGGUCAUACAGGCCCUGUGGUCACACUGAUGUUGAUUGCUAAUCGCCUUUAUUCUGGGUCUAUGGACAAUACAAUAAGAGUGUGGGAAAUCGCAGCUGUACAGUGCGUACAAACUUUAGAGGGCCAUACGAAUGUUGUAAUGGAUCUUCUUUGUUGGGACUCAUUUCUGCUAUCCUGCUCGUUGGAUGGCACCAUUAAGAUUUGGGCUGUAAAUACAGCUGGCCAACUUGAAUUGACCUUCUCACAUCCUGAGGAAGAAAAUCAACCAGAUUCUCGCAACAUCACUUUGGCAGGAGCUUUAAAGAUGUGUGGGUGCACCGACAAAGCUGGAAAACCAGUGCUACUCUGUUCUUAUAAUGACAAUACUGUCCGGUUGUAUGAUCUACCGACUUUCACAGAACGUGGACAACUUUUUUCAAGAGAAGAAGUGCGUGCCCUUCAAGUAGGGCCGAGUUCUCUUUUGUUCUCAGGAGAUAGCCGGGGUGAGGUGAAGGUGUGGAACUGGAUUGAGACCCAGCCUGAGGCAGUUGUGGAAUAGUUGAGUUUUGGAUUGAGAAUUGUUGAACAUUAGUAUCUGCGCAGCGGAAAACUGAGGUUUACAGUUCGGAAUACCGUUUAUAUGGCGAGGAAUUAGUCAUUACAACGAUUAGAGUGGAGUUGCAAACCCCAAAUUAAAUGGAUUAACUUCACUAGUAGGGAAUCGUGAUUUAAGGUCGAGUUAGCUUUGAGCUGUUUAGAAGCUCAGUACAUAGGAUCGUAGGUCAGCAUGAGUUCAAAGUCAAUAUGUACAGACUUUUGGUUUGGGGGGAGAACAUGUAUUACAUUGUUCUUCGACAGUUGGUGGGUCGCAUAAAAUUAGAGUUGGACAACAGACGUCAUGCGUGUGUGCAGGUAACGACUCUGUUGUAUUCCAAGGUGGUGAGCAUUCACAAUGAUGGUCUCAGGGUAUCACAACCUUAGUACCCUCGGCUGUGUGCUUUAUAAAUGUUUCUGAAUACUUUACAUUUUGAUGGAAGAAAAGUUGACUGCUUAAGGUAUGCAGUCUGAAUAUUCAUUGAGCAA